AUGCUUCAAUUAUUUUCAUCAGAACAUUUAUUUUCAAAAUAUGAUUAUGAAAAAAAUAUAUUUAAACAAGGUCUUUUAAAUAAUAUUAUUAGAAAUAAUAAACAAAAUCUUUAUCUUCAUCUUCAUGGUUUUAAUCCAAAUGAUCUUAGUUCAAUUGAAGAUUUUAUUAUUAAUUUAGAUAAUACUCAGCUUUUUUGGGAAUUAGAAAAUUUAAAUGAUUUAAGUCCAUUAUUUCUUUCAUCAUGUGUUAUGCUUUAUAUAGAAGAACAAAUAUGGACAUGGAAAGAUCUUAUAUUAUCAAAUUUUUCAAAUAAAUAUUAUAAUUAUGAUAUAUAUCAAGAAUUACAAAGAAUUUUAUUUGAAUAUAUAUCAAAAAUUGAAUCAUAUUAUAUAAAAGUUAAAUCAACAAUAAAUGUAUCAUUUAUAUCGAAAAUUUCUA